GUCGCGCGCACACACUGCUCCGGGGAUAGACGUUUAACUCUUGCCAAGUCUCGCCGCCGCCGCGGCUCGAGGGCCUUGGGCUUCCCUUGAAGCAUGAGCCUCCUCGCCCGCAGCCACCGGCGCUACGCGGGCCGCAGACACUGCGCGCCGGGGCCCCCGGCGCACAGCCUCAGGCUCCCCGGCGUCCGGAGCGCGGACGCACGCGACAGGCGAUCUGUGGGUAACCGCGUCUGCGAGAGACUUUGCCAUCAGUCCGCCAGGACUUGGGGAGAAAGAAUCGGCAGCUCUCCAUCCCCUCCCCUUCCGCCACCAUUUCGGACCCCCAGCUAGGAGUCUUUUUGGGGUUCCCUCUGACUUCCAGCAAGGACGCCAGCCCUUCUGUGACCUCAGCUCGGUCGACCACCUGUCUUUGCGGCGGUCAUUCUUCUCCCAUGACCCUGCGGUGCCUGGAGUCCUCCAGGAAUGGCGCGGACGGGACGCAAAGCCAGUGGGGUACCUCGGGGUCGGCGGAGGAGCCGUCCCCGGAGGCGGCGCGUCUGGCGCAGGCCCUGCGGGAGCUCAGUCACACAGGAUGGUACUGGGGAAGUAUGACUGUUAACGAAGCCAAAGAGAAAUUAAAAGAGGCACCAGAAGGAACUUUCUUGAUUAGAGAUAGUUCACAUUCAGACUACCUACUAACAAUAUCUGUUAAAACAUCAGCUGGACCAACUAACCUGCGAAUUGAGUACCAAGAUGGAAAAUUCAGAUUGGAUUCUAUCAUAUGUGUCAAGUCCAAGCUUAAGCAGUUUGACAGUGUGGUUCAUCUGAUUGAUUACUACGUUCAGAUGUGCAAGGAUAAACGGACAGGCCCAGAAGCCCCCCGAAAUGGGACUGUGCACCUGUAUCUGACCAAACCGCUCUACACGUCAGCACCAUCUCUACAGCAUCUCUGUCGACUCACGAUUAACAAAUGUACCGGUACCAUCUGGGGACUGCCUUUACCCACAAGACUAAAAGAUUACUUGGAAGAAUAUAAAUUCCAGGUAUAAGUGUUUCUCUUUUUCUAAACAUGCCUCAUAUGAGAGCCUCUCUGAAUGCAGCUAUGUGAAAGAGAACCAAAAUUUGAGUGACUGCUCUGGAUAACUGUGCAGAAUUCUUCCUAAACACAGUUGAAGUCAAUCUAAUUUAAAUGUGUGAAGAGGUAGCUAGGUAUUUUAAGUUCCCCCAGAUAUUUGCAGCCCAGUGAUGCUUCCUUUCCUAAGGCUGACCAAGACCAGAUGAUCCUUUUAAUUUAAAAAGAAAACAUCCCAAGCAAAGGCUCAGGGAGCAUUUUAUCAGAAUGCCUUUCCCUUCUGAAGUUUCUUUGCACUAGGUCAAAGGUCCAAGCUCCCAGCUCCAGUAGUAGGAAAGAGGUCCAUGUGGAGUACUGAAGAAGGAAAGGAACCAAGCUGACCCAGGCUUAGCUUCAGUUUUAUAUGCCUGGUUAUCAAAGUCUGUUUUAGGACAUUUUAUAUUUCACAUUCUGAUGUACCUAAGAGUUUUGUUAAACAGAUCAUGCUUGUGAGUAGUUAUCCCCUCCUUUUAUGCAAUUAACCAAAUCAACCAAAAAAAAUGACCAUGAAAUCCUGUAUCUGUCUUUUUACUACAUGUAUGAACUUUCUCCUGUGAAUGAGUACUGUAGUAAUCCAUUUCAAGGGAGCCUUAUUUCAGAAUUCUUUCAAACUGGUGCAAACAGGAAAAGACUUUCUCUUUUCCUUUAAGGCUAAAGACAAGAAUGUCAUGCUCUACAGGUGCAAUUCAAUCCCUGGUAAUAAAAACCAAUGUAGAUAGAGACAUUUCACCCUUGGCAGUAGCUGUGUCCCAGCCUGUUGCCAUUAAUUUUGGAAAUGGCUUUAGAAACUUCCAAGUUGUCCUUGAAUUGUCUAACCAUGGACAUUAGCAGUUGUCUCCCUUCUACUAUGUAGAAUACUUUGACUUAAUUUUCUUCCAGAUAUAGGGGGAUACCUGCCUGUUUUUGUUUUUUUUUUUAAAGUGUUUAUUUACUGCUGUUACUACUUGAUUAGAAUGUAUUAAAUAAAAAAAAAAACCCUGAGUU